UUGACCCCUCACCAUGCUAUUGUUCAGCAGGCCGAGGCCGCCCCGCCCUCCUCCUCCAUAAUCCCUGUGAUCCCAAUCUCGCCAAUCCCAGCCGAGACCACCAUCAUCCCUCCAACGUCACAGGCCAAUCCUCCGCCUGUGGUGGUGAACACGGACAGCCUGGACACGCCUCCUUACGUGAACGGGACGGAGGCUGAUUAUGAGUACGAGGAGAUCACGCUGGAGAGGGGAAACUCGGGGCUGGGCUUUAGCAUCGCUGGCGGCACAGACAACCCCCACAUCGGUGAAGACCCCAGCAUCUUCAUCACCAAAGUUAUACCUGGAGGAGCCGCCGCCCAGGACGGACGGCUCAGGGUUAAUGACGUCAUCCUGAGAGUUAACGAGGCGGAUGUUCGAGAUGUGACCCACAGCCGAGCAGUGGAGGCCCUGAAGGAGGCCGGUUCUCUGGUCCGACUCUACGUCCGCCGGAGGAAACCUGUCUCUGAGAAGGUGAUGGAGCUAAAACUGGUGAAAGGACCCAAAGGUCUCGGCUUCAGCAUAGCGGGCGGAGUGGGGAACCAGCACAUCCCCGGUGACAACAGCAUCUACGUCACCAAGAUCAUCGAAGGUGGAGCCGCACAUAAAGAUGGGCGGCUGCAGAUCGGAGACAAACUACUGGCUGUGAACAGUGCUUGCCUGGAGGAGGUGAGCCACGAACACGCCGUCACUGCCUUGAAAAACACUCCUGACGUGGUCUACCUGAAAGUGGCUAAACCCAACAGUGUCUUCAUGAACGACAGCUUCGCUCCGCCCGACCUCACCAACUUUUUCACAUCCACCAAUUACACAGAUCAGAUCAUGAGAGAUGACAUCACAUUAUCUGUCAUGGUGGAGUUUCCUGUUUUGAUGACAUCAGCCACUUCAGAAGAUAAAAACCUGCUGUGGUCCGACAGGGAGCCGAGGAAAGUGGUGCUGCACCGCGGAGCGACGGGCCUGGGCUUCAACAUCGUGGGCGGAGAGGACGGAGAGGGGAUCUUCAUCUCCUUCAUCCUCGCAGGAGGACCAGCCGACCUCUGUGGAGAGCUGAGGAAGGGAGACAGACUUGUCUCAGUGAACGGAGUGGACCUCCGUAACGCCACCCACGAACAGGCCGCUGCCGCCCUGAAGAACGCAGGACAGACGGUGACCAUCAUCGCCCACUACAGACCAGAGGAGUACAGUCGCUUUGAGGCAAAGAUCCACGACCUGCGGGAGCAGAUGAUGAACAGCAGCAUCAGUUCUGGAUCUGGAUCUUUGCGGACAAGUCAGAAGAGGUCGCUGUACGUCAGAGCUCUGUUUGACUACGAUAAGACCCGAGACUCCGGUCUGCCCAGUCAGGGACUCAACUUUAAGUUUGGAGACAUCCUUCACGUGGUGAACGCCUCCGACGACGAGUGGUGGCAGGCCAGACAGCUGACGGCACAGGGGGAGGUGGAGGAGGUGGGAGUCAUCCCCAGUAAAAGACGGGUUGAUAAGAAGGAGCGAGCGAGACUAAAGACGGUGAAGUUCAACGCCAAGUCUCGAGAGCGAGGGCAGUCUCUCAAUGACAAGCGUAAAAAGAACCUCUUUUCCCGAAAGUUUCCGUUCUACAAGAGCAAAGAGGCGAGCGAGCAGGAGACCAGCGAUGUCGACCGUAAGUACCAGCGCGGCGGGGGGGAUGGGGAGGAGCUUAACGGUUUGUCUGUAAGGCGACUGGUCGGCGACAGGAAGAGAGGUCAGCUGGUGGCGGCAUGCUGCGAACGUCAGUUGUCACGGCAACAGGGCCUGGCUGAAAUGUGUGUCAGAUCAACUGAUGAAAAAGAACACGACCCCAGAGCCCCCCCUGGUGGCGUCACUGAAAACAUCUGGGCUGAGAAGGCAGAAUAUUUGGCGGACACGCGUCCCUCCUCUCGGAGGUAAAAUGGCCGCCCUGCUGCCCUGAUGAGCGGCUGCGUUCCCUCUGCUCUCUCUGUCUGUCGCUGUAACUCAGUAACUUUAUGUUCUUGUGGUUGUUCUCUCCUCGUUGUUCUCUCU